UCCUACCUGUGACAGGGUUUCCUUCCAGAAACAGGGAGGAAAGCCCUUUCAGAAGGAGAAAAAGCAGCUUUCUCUUGUAGCUUUCCUAGACUAGGUAUCUGGUUAAAAAACCAUGGUUUUCAACACACAACCAAUUAGGCGCAUGCAUGUUCCCCAGCAGUUGGCCUUCAAAUGAAUCUGACCUCACUUCCAAUAUACUUGACCAUGUCUACAUCCUGUCUCUUCCCUUCCUCCCUGCUGAUUUCCACCCAGACCUUAGACUCUGAAAUGACAAAGCACACAUUUAUUAGAUGUUUACCAAGUGCUGUGCUGAUUACUUCAAAUGCCUUAUAUCAUGUAAUCUUUUCCACAAACCCAUAAGGCAGUUCAAAUUAGCUUCCUCAUUGAGGAAAUGGAAAAUUGUAGAGGUUAAGUAACUUGCUUGAGGUUAUAUAACUAGUGGAUUUUCAAACAAGUACUAUAGAUUUUGGUUCCUUGACCUCUAUAUUCUACUCUUUUGCGCUGGUGGUCUGGUGUAAUUUAAGGGAAGACAGUGCCAGGUGUUAUCUGAAUUCAUUACAAAGCCAAUUAUAAAAGUUUUUUAUUUUUUUUAUUAUUCAUUUUGACUUCUCUGUGACUCUUCUCUGAUCUGCUUUCAUGGAUAAUUAAGGGUUGAAUGUUCAGCUCACCCUUUCCUCAGGGAGUUUACAAGUAGUAACAUAAAUAAAAUUGGCAUUCUUUACUACUUGUCCAACAUUACACUCCCAGGUGAGCUGGUAAGUGGCUAUUUAUGUGACAGUUUUUUAAUGACUACCCAGUUCUUUCCUGUACCCGGAAACAGCACAUGGGUUAAAGCACUGAGCUUGUAAAUCACAGCAAUUAUGGGGGACACAGUUUAGAUCAAAAACAAAAUUAAUUCUGCUUCUGGGUCAUUUGUGCUUUGUAGCUUCUUGUCACUAUCCAGUGCAAAGCUUCCAAAAUUUCUUAUGCAUUUCUCAUUCUCUGACUUUUCACCAUUAGAACCUUAAUGGGUUUUCUCUGGAUGUUAAGGGCACAGCUGCUUUAGAAAAGGGAAGAAAAUAAUUCAGGAGUUUUCCAGGUAAUAGAUUAAUUAAUACCUUUGGUUUUGUACUUUUGUUAGAUUCCAAAGUGCUAGCUUCAAAGUGGGGUGGUGAGCCAAACAGACAUGCCCAAUAGGCUAUUGCAUGUGGGAAUAAUAUUUUAGAAGGCCUAGUCCCAUCUUUACCUUUUAAAAUUUCUUAUUUUGUGUUUAUAAUGUAUGUAAUAUAUUCGUAAAUUAGUAUGUAUAUAUCUAUUAAUCUAAUUAUUUGUCCUCUUAUUUUUAACUUGAAAGAUUGCACAGUCAGAUGUUCCCUGUGGAGAAAUUUUCAACCUCAGUCAUUUCAUUCGGCAGACGAAGCCUGUCAUUCUAAUGUGCAGUCUUUGCCCUGGGCCCCAUUUUGCUUAUUUAUUUGUGUAUUUUACCUUUGCUUGUAAUCACUCCUACCGGGGUAUCUGUGAUGUGAUCCAUUCAGCAUUCUGUUCCCCUCUUCAAAGACAUAAUAUGUCAUCAACCUCUUAAUUUUAUGUAGAUAGAUCAUUGCCCAUUCAGAUAGUGUCCAGGGCAAGUUUUCUCCAAAGCUGUGGGAGUGCUGUGAGAAUGUCUUAAUUCAGAAAGGUGUGAAAAUGCUUUCCCAUUGGUGAAGGAGUAAAUCCUGGUUCCAGAAUCAUAUUAUUCAUGUCCCAUAUGAAUGACUUCAGCAUUGGCAGACAUUUUCAGUUAUCUGAAGCAAAGCCCCCUCUGUUCAGUGCAGAAAAACACCGAGCUGGGGGUUGUGAAGAUCUUAGAGAAGCACGACCCCUUGAAGAACACCCAGGCAAAAUACGGAUCCAUCCCUCCAGACGAGGCCAGUGCCGUGCAGAAUUAUGUAGAACACAUGCUCUUUUUGCUGAUUGAAGAACAAGCCAAGGAUGCUGCCAUGGGGCCGAUUCUGGAAUUCGUGGUCUCUGAGAACAUUAUGGAGAAACUCUUCCUUUGGAGCUUGAGGCGGGAGUUUACUGAUGACACUAAGGUGGAGCAGCUAAAGAUGUACGAGAUGCUGGUCACCCAAUCGCACCAGCCUCUGCUGCACCACAAGCCUAUCCUGAAGCCCCUGAUGAUGCUGCUGAGCUCUUGUUCAGGAACAGCCACCCCCGCCGUGGAGGGGAAACUGGUGGUCCUGCUCAACCAGCUCUGCUCCAUCCUUGCCAAAGAUCCGUCCAUCCUGGAACUCUUCUUUCACACGAGUGAGGACCAAGGGGCGGCCAACUUCCUCAUCUUCUCCCUCCUAAUUCCCUUUAUUCACCGAGAGGGGACUGUGGGCCAGCAGGCCCGGGACGCUCUGCUUUUCAUCAUGUCUCUCUCUGCCGAGAACAGCAUGGUGGCGCAUCACAUCGUGGAGAACACCUACUUUUGUCCUGUGCUUGCAACUGGGCUCAGUGGUCUCUACUCUUCCCUGCCUACAAAGCUGGAAGAGAAAGGCGAGGAGUGGCACUGCCUUCUGAAAGAUGACUGGCUCCUACUCCCUUCUCUCGUCCAGUUCAUGAACUCCCUGGAGUUUUGCAAUGCCGUCAUACAGGUGGCUCACCCUUUGAUUCGUCACCAGCUUGUAAAUUAUAUUUACAAUGGGUUCUUGGUACCAGUCUUGGCUCCUGCUCUCCACAAGGUGACUGUGGAGGAGGUCAUGACCACAACUGCCUACUUGGACCUUUUUCUGCGUAGCAUCUCCGAGCCAGCGCUACUUGAGAUCUUCCUCCGUUUCAUCCUGUUGCACCGGCACGAGAAUGUUCACAUCCUAGACACUCUCACCAGUCGAAUCAACACCCCAUUUCGGCUCUGUGUGGUGUCCCUGGCAUUAUUUAGGACUCUCAUCGGUUUACACUGUGAGGACGUGAUGCUACAGCUCGUUUUGAGGUACCUGAUCCCUUGCAACCACAUGAUGCUGAGUCAGAGGUGGGCCGUGAAGGAGAGAGACUGCUACUCGGUGUCUGCGGCCAAGCUGCUCGCCCUGACCCCAGUCUGCUGCUCCAGCGGGAUCACCCUGACGCUUGGGAACCAAGAGAGGGAUUAUAUCCUCUGGUCAAAGUGUACGCACGAUAGUUCAGGGCCCCCAGAGCAGCCGCUCCCCGAGGCGUCCUCCCCGUCGGCCUGCAUCGUGGAGUACGGCAGGGCCCUGGACAUCAGCUACCUGCAGUACCUCUGGGAGGCCCACGCCAACAUCCUCCGCUGCAUGCGGGACUGCCGGGUCUGGUCCGCCCUCUACGACGGAGACUCCCCGGACCCCGACACCUUCCUCCAGAGCCUGGCGGAGGAGGGCGCCCCCAGCCCCGCCUGCCCCGCGCUCAGGCUCCGGCUCCCGCAGCAGCUCCCCGCGGAGCAGGGGCCUCAGCUGCUGCCCAGGAAGGACCGGGGCCACACGGAGCUGGAGUGGGACGACAGCUACGACACCGGCAUCUCCUCGGGGGCCGGGGCCGAGCUGGAGAAUCCGGGCCCCCCAGCGCCCAUCGAUCCCCCCAAGCACAUCCAGGAGAUGAAGAAGAACGCCAUCCUGCGCUUCAAGGGGUCGUACAUCGAGGAAUCGGACUUUCAGGACGACGUGAUGGUGUACAGGCUGUGUGCGGAGAAGGACGCCGACGACACCGGACAGUCCCAGGAGGAGGAGCCUGCGCGGCCCCCGGCCCCGGGCCAGGCCGAGGAGCAGAGUCCCCCCACGGACAACGGCCCCCUGCCCGGCCCGCAGCCAGAGGCGGACCCCCAGGAGGAGCAGCACCGGGACAGCGUGUCCGCGGAGCCACCCCCGGAGAAGGGGCCCCGGGUGGCCCCGGAAUCCAGCGCAGAGUCAGCACCCCCUGACUCCGGGGCAGAGGCCUGCGGUGCAGACCCCACGGCGGUGGACCCGGAGGGGGAAGAUUUCAUGGCCCGGUACGACCAGAUCAUUAAAGAACUGGACUCCGGCGCCCAGGGCCUGAUGGGGCAGAACUUCUCUUCCCAGGGACCGGACCCCUUGCUCCUCCCAGAAGAACAAGAGGGGAAGGAAGAGAGCAAAGAGGAACAGGAGCAGGAGGAGGGGAGGAAGGACCUGCAGGAGGAGGAGGAGGAGGAGGAGGAGGAUGACUUUGACUCUCUGAUGGUGGAAGCUCCUGCCGAAGAGACGGCGCCAUCCCCCUUUGGGGUGAGAGAGGAGGCUGGCAGUGCCGGUCGCCGGCCCGUGAGGACUCAGAGCGCCCCGUUCACAGGCCCGUUCAUCAGCGUGGUCCUGUCGAAGCUGGAGAACAUGCUGGAGAACUCUUUGCACGUUAAUUUGCUGCUUAUCGGGAUCAUCACACAGCUGGCCAGCUACCCGCAGCCACUGCUGCGCUCCUUCCUGCUCAACACCAACAUGGUCUUCCAGCCCAGCGUGCGCUCUCUCUACCAGGUGCUAGCAUCUGUGAAAAACAAGAUCGAACAGUUUGCUUCUAUGGAGAGAGACUUCCCAGGGCUCCUCAUACAAGCCCAGCAAUACCUGCUCUUCCGAGUGGACAUGUCCGAUGUGACAGCUGAGUCACUACCCAAAGAUCCCACUCAGGAUGCUUCCAGGAUGGCAGCUGGCAGGAACCUUCUGGAUGGUCCCCCACGAGUGCUCCAGCCCUUCCUGACGAGCAGAGCCACGGUGGCGGGGGUGCCGCCAAGCCUGCCCCUGCCAGUGAGGAACACCAUGCUGGCUGCGGCCCUCUUCCCUGAGUUCCUGAAGGAACUGGCUGCCUUGGCCCAGGAGCACUCCGUUCUCUGCUACAAGAUCCUGGGCGACUUUGAGGACUCCUAUUGUUAGUUUUUUUUUGUUUUUGUUUUUUUUUUAAUGGAGGUUCUUAUUUUUUAAGGUUUUAGUGUCUUGACUGAAUGUUAAAUGCAAAGCUGCUUACAAAGAUUUCUACUUUGAUGUUUCCUGACAAUACUUGAUUUAUGGGGAGGGGACCUUCUGGGCACCUCCUCUCUCUCUCGCUGGGCCUUCCCACCCUGCGCCAUACAGAAUGUAAGUCUCAUAAGCUGGCUGCUCCUUGGGCGGGUUUUCUUUGCUCAGUUCUCCCUAAAAUAUUUUGGUUGUUAUUCUCUCAUCCCUUUGAGUUGACUCUUCUUACAGCGUAGAGCACACCAAGCGAAUAUUGGGGUUCAGUGACUCCUGGAAGCACCCCUUGUCAGGUCGGCUCUUCAAUGGCACAUGAAGAAAGCACACCCAUUCCUGUGGCCUUCUGCAUUUUUGGCUUCCAUUUUAUCAAAGGGAAGAAUAAAAAUGGAGCCUCCAUCACGUAAGCACGUUAUAAUCUGUCCCUAAGCAUUUUAUGUCCAAGACUCGCUUUCUGCUCAACACAGAUUGCUUAUGGUGCAGGCAAAUCCAUUGGUCUUGGCUGUCUGCUGGGAGGCUGAUGCAGUUGAAGAGAAUUUGGGAAAUGUUCCUGCUGCUGGAGAGAUGAUUUGGUGUGUCACCUAACACUGAAAGUAGCCUUAUCUUAGUCAGAUUUGCACAAAGUGAAAUAUACCUAUGCAAACUGUUUCUUUGGUUUUUAGGAUUUUGCUCAGAAGAAAGCAUGCUAUCAUAUAUAAGACAGCCAUCAUUAUUUUUUAAAGUGUUUUAUGAAAACCAGAUUAAUUUGUGAAGCCAUUUCAUAGUAGGGUUUGUGGGGUUUUUUUGGUGCUUGUGUUUUGAUGUGUGUGUGGAAUAUGGAGGGAAAAAGAUAAAUGCAGCCUAUAGAAUCAUUGCUAAUUAUUUAAAUGUUGCUUGCUUUUCCUAAUGUGUUGCACUUUGUAGAGAACCAGGAACUGUACACCUGCUUUGGGGGUUGGGAUGCAAAUGCAAACAGGUCGCAGGGAGCCCUGCAAAGCCAAGUGCCUGCCAGUGACUCACUGCACUCGGAAUCACCGCCUCCUGAAAAAUGGGGCUCAUUGGAAGACCCCAGUGUGAUGUGUUAGUGCCUUUCUGCUGCUUUUCAGCUUGCACCAAGAGGCAUAAUUAUAAGAGAAGCCAUAGUCUCCUUCAAUCAUCACUAAGAGUGAGAAACACACAAGAUAAGUGUGGGCUAAAAAUGAGACCCUAAACAACGGGUAUUGAUGGAUAUUCAAUUCUCCUCCUAUUUGGGGCAGGUGAGAAGCACUUACAAGGAUGAGCCUCCUGUGUGGAGGGAACUUGGAAACCCCAGGUCUCUGUCUCUGUGGUGUCACUGCUGAACCUCGGGGGUGGGGGGUGGAGGAGAAGAGUAGCAGGCAGCCACAGGUCUGGUGGCUGUGCCUCAGGAGCACUGGUUUGGUUUUAACCAGCCUCUGGGUCAGGAGGGGAGUGGAAGAAGCAAUUGUAUCUGAGGCCCUGCAGAGCAGCGGCCACCUUUUGUGUUCUAGGGACCUUGACACAGCCACUGAGACUGGCUUUUAGGGGCCAACCUUGUAGUGUUUCCGAGUCUAAGCAAGCAACCAAAGACACCAAUUCAUUGAACGUUUCUAACUUCAAAUUUGUCUGGUUUGAAAAAUGGCUUGCCCAGCUAUGGUGCAGCAGUUAGAACCCACGAGGCCCAGCAGACUGGCAUGUAGUGGGCUUCCUGGCGCCUGCUUGCAUUUGCACAACCAGGUCUCCACUGGAAAAGGGAGGGAAAGAGCAGGAGGAGGGAAGGUAAGCUUUAAGUUAUUAGCCUCUCCCUUUGUUUUGCACAAGUAUUUGUCUCCCAGUUUGGACUUCCCAGGUACAUAAAAUGUGGAAGUUACAUCUGGAAACUCUUCAAGCUUUUAGGUUUUGUUUACAUGUAUCUCCAUUAUCUGGUGAUGGUGUGGGUUCUUGGUAUUUAUUAAAUAGGUUCUGAAGUAGACUUACUUUACAGGAGACAGAGAUGACCAGUGUCUGGGGUGAGAGGCAGGAAAAGAAACUCCAGUGGUUGGGUGCUGUUAGCAAAUUCACAUUAACCUGUUUGACAUCAGAAACUGGUUCAUGUUUCUGAAUCCACUGCAGAGUAUUGUGUCCAGGGUUUUACACCGUUAAUUCAGAAAAUUGACCCGGAAAUACAUUCUGGAAAACCAGAAAACCCAUUUGGUUGAGUGAAACAGCCAGGUGGGUUAGUAAUGUGGUUUACAGAUGGUGUGCAUGUGCCAGGGGAAAACUGAAGAACUGAGGCUGUAAGUAGAAGAGCAUAUCCUAGGGGCUGGAGGAAUGAACAUUGGUCUAGGUUGAUAUGAAGAUACUGUGCAGGAAGUGGGUGAGGCUGGGAAAAGUUCUGGUAAUGAAGUAAAAUAUUCUAGUCACAUAGAAAUAUUUUCUGUAAUAAGUUUUGGGGAAAAAUUAGAUAUCUGGCAUGCUCUAAAACAUGGCCCAAGAGUUGAGAUACUUUUCCAUCUGGACAGACUGGCACGUCCAACACUGUGCUACUUGUGGAAGAAGAGGGCAGAGCCUUGUGGGAAGCCCCUGGCUGGUGUCAUGGUGUCCUGGGCCAACGGAGGCCAGUCAGGGGUUCCUGGAACAUCAGAGCAUUAACCUCCACUCAUAAGUAGGGUCUGAGGUUCAGUUCAGGUGAAGUGAGUUUUGUGGUAUAUGAUAGGAAGGAGCUAUUUAAAAUUGAAUUUUUCAAAAGGGCCAAGGAAAUGUUCUUAAAUUUUUAAACAAAGAAAUUUUGAGUUUAGCUCGAAUACAAUUUGGGGGGAGGGAGCAAAUGACAAUUUAUUAGCCAUUAAGUUGUCAGCCAUGAUGCUGGAGUAACCAGUUAGCGGUGGGAUUUUCUUUAUCAAUGGAUUCUUUCUUCUCCUGGUAUUGAGGGGAAUUAUAAAACUGCCCCCUUUCUCUUAGUAUUACAGAGGUGGGCAAAAGUAGUUUUAUUGUAUAUUGUCAUACAAAUAAUAACUGAAGAAUAAACUCCGUUUCAUGUACUCACAACUGUAAACCCACUUUUGCCCACCCUGUGCUUUGGAAAAUGCUUUGCUGUUUUGGGGUUGGCACUGCGUCUGUCACCUGCAGAGAGGAGGCAUUCAGUCAUCUAGGGCCCUCAGAACACCUCUUCCAUAGCAAGUGGCUUUCCUGUGGUAACGUGGUAGUCAGGAGGGCGUCCCAUGAGGAACAGAAUCUGGAAGCAUAGUAUGUGUUUGCAAUGCAUUCUGAAUCGGAUCACUGUGUCUAGGUUGCUUUCAUGAGGAAGGACUGCCCCAGCAGGGGUGAGGCAUGCCACUGGUGUGAUGUUAAAUGUCCACAGCUUCCCCUCCAGUUCUCAUUUAAGGGCAGUUUGAUUUAAUUGCUAAUUACCUGCCCUGUGUUUACUGAACUGGCAGGCAUGCUUGCUAUUUUUAUGAAACAGCUUACUGUAGGAAGGCUAUUAUUGAAUGUGCCACUUCCAGUCCUUGGCCCAAGCCAGUGUAAUUCGUGGCUUGCUGCAAAUCUCAGCUGGCUUUGCAGUACUGGCUCUUCCUGGAAACAGCGGUCCUCUGGUCGCUGAUGCCACAUCAGCUUUAAGUCGCUAAGUAGAUAUUCUCAGGCCCCUUCCUGCUGCUGCUAUCAUUCUAUACAUCACACAACAUGAAUUUCCCACCAAAUAACAGCUUAAAACAGAACACUGUCAAGCCAGUUUAUACUCCAUCCUUAAAUUACAUCAUUGAGGAAAUACUUGAAAGAGAAUGGAGUCGGCUUUUUAUUUUUUGUUUGAAUGACCAUCAUAAACCUAAUGCCUUUUUUUUUUAAUAAAGAGGGCCUGGGAGACGAAGUGUUGUUUUCAGGAUAAUUUUGCCUCAGUAAAUCCUCUCCACGUCCCAGCAUUUAUUGGGCCAUUACUUGUUCUGCGGACAGAUUAUCCAGGCAGCUCAUUAACUGGAUAAACGGGCUUUAGUGAAAGAUUUUCGGUGAGGUCCGGUAGGGAAAACACAGGCAUGCGGUGGGAAGAUGCCUUCAGUUCUUCGGCCUCUGCACUUGGGAUCUGAAGUGAAUAGUGAUUUUAGGUGGGGACUGACCCUUCCUGACCUGCUGGGUCAUUGAAUUUUGUUCGUUUUACAUGUGAGCUGACCUAACUCGCUGUCACUCACACAAGCAGCAAGGCUGCUCGCAGGUCCUGCCAGCAAGAGUUCAGCAUGUCCUACAGGCACCUUUGAGGGCACUUAGGUGUCCUAUGUCAUUGCAGAGCCUGGCAAGAGUGAUGGAAGCUCUUAGGCCAGAUUAUAAAUUUCCUGGAGCUGACACUGCAGAAGUCUGUGCUGCUUAGCGCAUCAGCGGACUUUUCACUGGCACAAGUCUACACAAGGCCCACCUAUAACUAGCCCCCUUUUGCCCUGGAGACAUUUUGAGAGAGGGAAUUUGGUAUUGACGAUGUUACUUAAUUGAUUUCUGCUAAGUUGUUUGACGAAGGCAGGCAGUGAGAUUGGAUUUCAGUCAGAUGCUUUGCAUCUCACAAUCGGGGGUCAGCUCUCUUCUUAAACAAUCCCCGGGCGCAUUUGUCUCCAAUCUGCUGAAGAAGCAUGGCAGCCGUUUCCACACUGCUUCUGUAAUGAGGAACAUGGCCUUUCAGAGAGAUUUAGUGUUUUUUCCCAAAGAGUCACCUUGCAGAAUCCUUGAAAUGAUACAGCUAAAUGCAAGAAAUGAAAAAAAUACAACAAAUUGUGGGUGGUGGCCAUAACCUGUAUAUUGAAUUAACUAGCUAACUCAAAGCCCCAAGAGGAUGUUACUUUCAAAACAUUUCAUGGCCUUCUUACAAUCUUAUUGUAAAGAUUAGCAAUAAUUACAAAAAAGAUGGGUGGUGUGUGAAGCUCAGGUAACGCAUCCUUGGCAUAAAUAAUGAUCGACUUGUUUUUUUCCUGGGCUACUUACACCUUGACAGGUAGGAACAGUUCACCUUGAGGCACAGGCCUGCAGUCAGGAAGCUCCUUCCUAGACCAAGAGAUCCAGAGUUUACAAGCUGAGUAAGUGGGCACCAACUUCUCAUGCAAAGGUGGCCCCACAAAAAAUUUCGUUUUAUAAAUUAAUGACUUUUACUAAGUACUUAUUCUGUGCCAGGGAGCAUGGUGAGUCCUGAGGCUGACAUUCCUCCCCUCCCACCAUAACCAACCAAGCAACCUCCUCAAGCAACACAGCACAUGGCCUGCACCUGGCCAGGCUGACCUGACCUGGGGGGCAGCCUGUUUUCUGGCGCAUUCCCCUCCCAGCUUACAGGUGUGCGAUUCCAAUGACAGAUGGCAGUGGCUUCACCUGUGGCACCAACUCAUACAUUUUAAUGAGAUUUGCCCCUAAAUAGCAGACAGACUAAAUCACACUCUUGCAAAGUCAUACUGUAUUUAAAACUGUAUUCACUGAGGUCUAUUGGGAGCAGAGCCAGAUUUCGUGGAUUUCUUAGGGUACUACGUGAACAUAUCUUCUGAAUAUCUAGUCAGGUUCUUACAGGAAGUAAGAUAUCUGAGCUGUGGUAUGAUUUUUCUUUUUCUCAUAAGCAGUUAUAACCACACAAUAGUCUGAUUUUUAGGAUUUCAGCAGUGGGAUUCCAGGACCACAGUCAGCUUGGUGAAGCUCGAGUGAGUUGAAGACGGCAUGUUUCUCUGAGAACGGUCAGUCCAUAGUACAGUGUACACUUGAUGUAAGAGUUUAAACCAGCCCUUGAUUUCCAAUGGUUUGAAAAGCUCCUCCAGUGCAUUCUGUCAAGUUUGAUGACUAAGAAGCCAGGCUUUGCAAAAUAAUGAUCCUGCCAGAUUCCAACCUCACAAUGUCCUUACCUGUUUGAAAUUAAUUCUGAGACUUGUGGGGAGAGAGAGAGAAUGGACUUGCCUUUCUCUCUGGAAAAGAGGUUCAAUGGUGAUACUUUACUUUUAGGCCCAGUGGUUGUCAGUAUUGGGACAGAAUGGGGGACACAUAGCUUCUUGGGGGGUAUAACAUAUUCUAAUUCUAAAUUAGCCAGAGGAUCGCUUUUCCCAUUACCUGCUUAGGAAGUCCUGCGUCUGCGACCAUCACUGCUAACUGGUGAUGGGGAAGGUCUUUUCUCCGCCGCCAUGGGAGCACCAUUCAUGCCUGAAAUGUUUAUACUUUUCUUUGUAGGCUAAAGAAUUCAGGGUAAAGUAGGGCUUCCAAAAUGUUUCCUCUCUCAUGUAUGUCACAAUUUGACAUGUGCUUUUAAAAACCACCACUUACAAAACAGGCCUUUAAGCAUGGUGAGUCAGAGGUAAAAAGGCAUUAAAUGGGCAAAGGGGCGCCCAGUGCGACGGACAGAAAGAGUAUUACUGUCUUGAGAACAGCGGCAAAGGCACCCGACUUCACGGAGAUGCUGUAAUGGCACCACAAUUACCAUUAAAGGUCAAAAUUUUGAUUUGCCAGUUUAUAAUCUUAUUCUUUCCGGGCAAAACAGAUCAACUUAAUGUUACAACUUAUUAUUUCUCUUUUUUAUCUCUCUUGGCCUGAGGGGGCAGGGGAAUUGUCAACUGCACAAUCUUUAAAAUGUUAAUUUUUAAUGUGAUAUAUCAAUACAUAUUUUAUUCAUUAAAUUUAUUUGAAAA